AUGGCGUUUAGGCAGAAGUGGGAAGGGUUUGAAAAUCGUAUGAAAGCUAAACGCGAGAUUAACUGUAAAAGAAAGCAACAAGCAACACCGAAAAAGGUAGACCAUUUGACUGUGCAGAGAUUGAGCUCGGACGUGUCCGGAAAAGCACAGAAAUUUUCGAGGAUUGGACCCCGAGAGUUUGUUUCUUAUCCACAUGGCGACAUCACAAUCGACAACAUAAAGAAGGCAUGUGAAACUCAUUUCCUCUCUCAACUUAAAAUGAAUGUAGAGUGCGACGUUCUUGCGGGUGAGCAAGGUCCAUCUUGUACAAGUCUUGACCAAAUUCCAAAUCUGAAAUUGAUCCAUAUUCGAUUUGUUGGCACUGCAAAGCGAGAUUCGUCUGCCUUUUCUUCCGAAUUCCCUGCCGAUUCUGAAUUCAGUCGACCAAAAACUAAGAGAACACGUGGACAGCCAGAACUUGCAAGUUGUUCCUAUCAAUCGCCUCGAGCUAGGUCCUUAGAAGUGAGACCACAAGUUAGAAAGAAUUUGAAUGCUGGUUGUCCAAAGAGUCUGUCUGUCACACAGAUGAUAAAUCUGGGCAAAGUCGUGCGACAAGAGACGACCAUUGCAGACGUUUACAAGUUUAAUUUAGAAAAUAUGGCAUGGUCUUCAGUCGCAGAAAGAGUGGAGCUGGUUAUUGAAAAGAAGCCCUUUGCAGAGGGAGGGUUCCGUGAAGUGUAUAAAGCAAAAAGUCCAACAGCAUGUUACAGCGAACGUCUCUGGGUGGUUAAGAAGUACUUACCAAAAACACUGGAGUCAAUCAAUCAACUGGGGCAAACGAUUGAAGAUCACACCAAAAAGGCAGUCCAAAUGCAGUCUUUGGCAAAGAACAUAGCUCACUCCAUGUAUGCAAAG